AUGUCAGAUCCUCCCAAUCCCGAUAACCCUUUCCUCACUACAUCCAAGAUGGGUUCAAUCGGCCCCUCGACCAACUUUCUUAUCACAACCCUCGACAGCAUCCAUCCAUCUCAAUUCAACGGCGAUGAAGUCGAGCGUCUCCAAGUCCGAGCUGCAGCUCGACGCCUUCUAGCUAGACUGGAAACACCAAAUGAGCGAGCCUGGGGUUUUGACUUUGAACAACCCGCUGUCAAUGCCGCUAUCCAGACCUGUAUCAACUUGGGUCUCUGGAAGGCCUGGACAGAGAGCGGCGGUGGAAAGAAGACUAUUGAUGAGUUGGUCAAAUUGACAGGACAGGGCGUUGAGUCCAACCUUCUGCGCCGUUUGUUCCGUAUCAUGGCCGCCUUCUACGUCGUGGAAGAAACGGGCGUAGAUACCUUCAGACCGACGCCCUUCUCCCACGCCAUAGGCGACGAAAACACCGGAAUUCGAGGCUCCCUCGAAGCAGGAUCCCAAACCUACAUAUCCGCCGCCCUCAACCUCCCCAAAUAUCUCGCCAAAAACAAUUACAGAGAGCCCACGGCAGCAACCCAAAGCAACUUUGCGGACAACGACCCUGAAGGUCUAAACUACUUCGACCGCCUUCAAAAGACUCCAGAGUAUUAUGAAGCUUUUACAGGUCACAUGGAGACUUGGACUGCGUGGAAGACACCUUGGACCAAUAUCUAUGAUGUUAACAAGUUACUCGACGGAGCUGAUUUGAGUAAGCCGCUUGUUGUGGAUGUUGGUGGGAAUACGGGUAUUGAUAUACAGCGAGUUCUUGAGGCUAAGCCGGAUUUACCGGGUGGUGCGCUUGUGUUGCAGGAUUUGAAGGUUAUUCUUGAGAAGGUUGAUUUGGACGAUAGAAUUGUUGUUCAGGUUCAUGAUUUCUUUACGCCUCAACCUGUGACUGGUGCUCGCGCAUACUUCAUGCACGCCGUCUUCCAUGACUGGCCCGACGCUGAAGCUACAACAAUCCUCUCACACACACGAAAUGCCAUGACGAAGGGCUACUCCAAGUUAUUCAUUUAUGAUAUAGUCAUUCCGUCUACAGGAGCUAGUAUCAGCCAGACGACCAUGGAUGUCCAGAUGAUGUCUCUUCUUUCAUCUGCUGAAAGGACGAAGAGUCAGUGGGAAAAUCUUUUGACAGGUGCGGGGUUCAGGAUUGCUAAGUUUUGGCCGGAUCCGCAGCAGUAUGAGAUGUUGAUUGAGGCUGAGGUUGCUUAA